AUGCACAAGUGGCCCAACAUCGUACCGACAUCGUGCCCUGCAACAAAGCCAUCGUCCUCACUCCAGGUGGAGCGAAAGGAGAACUUGACGAACCAUCCUGUCAAACGCGCGUGGUUACAGUGUCUCCUCAACCACCCAGUUGCUUUCUACGCCCUCGUGUACGGUUCAUCUCAACACCUAAAAUUCCUUCACAAUGGCCGCGAGGUCGUCCCCCGCGCAGCACUGCUGCGUCUCAGCUAUAAGACCGAAGCCGUCAAACUCAUCAACCAAGCUCUCCGUGACCUGCACGGCCGGCCCAUUCCCGAUCCCGUUCUCAUCGCCAUACUGAGCCUCGGCGCCCACGGCAACGAAAGCAACCACAGCGCAGCCGACGACGAAGCAUCCGGGAACAGUACCUCAAGUCCACAAACCAGGACCACCGCCCCACCAAAUCCCCUCGCUACAGCUCAGCUUCUCAACUUCUAUGGCGCUCUCACCCAGGAAACAGCGCACAUGUCAGCCCUGCGUACCCUCCUUCAACACAACAAUGGCACCGAGUCCAUCACCUUGCCAGGUCUCGCCUCCGCCAUCUCCCUCGGCGACAUCCUGAACAGCACAGUCACCCACCGCAUUCCCUACGUGCCGCAUCCGGGACCUCUGACGCCCUCCGUCGCCGCCUACCUUAACCUCCUCCCCUCCCUGCCACUCAAAACCAAAUCGUUCCCAUCAGGACGACAAAGCGCCCAACUCCUCGAAUCCCUCACGCACAGCCAAGCCCUCACCGCCGGCCUAUCCUCCUAUCUUUCCCUCUCGAGCCCUCCUCCUCCUUCUCCUCCCCAACCACAACCACACUCGGUCACAAACCCCACCACCGCCCCACCACCCACCCUUGAAGACCUGAUCAUCUCCCGCAACGCAGUCCACCAUGCCCUCCUCUCCCUCCUCCCGGCCAACGGCCUCUGGGGCCCGCGCUUCGCCCUCUACGAGGCCCUCCGCCUCGGCAUGCUCAUAUUCUCGGACCUGGCGUUGUUCCCGCUGCCGGCCAAGACAGGCGUGCGCGGUCGCUACGCGGGCAUGCUCCGGGAAGCGCUUGAGUGCAUUCUUGGCGGCGGCGGCGGCGGCGAUGCUGGAACGCGUUGCAGGGAGCAGCAGCAGAAGCAAGGGGAGAUGGAGGCGCAGGGGUUGGCUUGGGCGUGUGUCAUGGGGGCUUUGGCGGUGGAGGGAGGAGAUGGUGAGGAGUCGAGGAGGAAGAAGGCCUGGUUUGUGGAGAGUGCGAGGGGAUGGAUGGAGGUGUGGGGGGUGGUUGAGUGGGAGGAGAUGCAGACCAUGCUGCAGAGGUGGUUGUGGUGUCGGAUAUUGUUGGAGGGGGUGGGGAAGGCGGCGUGGGAGGGAGAGUGA